GAACUUUCGGAGAUUUACAAGUUUACGUACACUACUCUGACUCUGAGGUUACUUUUCUUGUAAUUGUUUGUUGUGGUUACUCACAUCAGGUGGAUAAACUUAUAUUCAAGCCGAACUCAGCAAGAAAUUUACUCGCUUCUUUAAGAAAGCAAUGGAGGAGGCAAGCGGCAAUAAUGACAACCCAAAGCCGCGGGAUGCAGAGUUCCCAUUGACUGAUAUGAGGAAUUGGCAGCUCAUACCUUCUGCUAACGAAUCUCCGGUCAAGUCAACAGCAGUGGUGAAGUACUCGGCCGUGCAGCGAGCUGCCUCCUUUGCAAGACUACAGUGCAACACUGAUUUAAAUUUACCCCCAUCAAACUGGUUGACUAGCUCAGCUGAAUCAUAUGGCCUGCAACAUGUCCCAACACAUUCGACAGGUUUUUCGAGCUUUCGUUUAGCCCACAUGUUUCCAGAUUGUGUGGUGGGUCAAGUUGAUAUAGUAUCGGACGCUGAAAAUAUUAAGAAACUUCUAAAAAUUCCAUACAGCCGUGGUGCAGUCAGCAUGAUAGUGCAUAGAGUUGAUAAUACACUUUUAAUUGAUGACUUCGAUGUCCAUAAAUUAUUACUGCAACAGUCAAAAUCAGACUGGGAAUGGCUUCGUGAAUUUUUGCUCAACCAUGUUUUCCAGAGUAUGAGCAUCAAGGAUAAAGGUUUGGUUCCAAGUCAUCAUCGGAGAUCAGCUCUUCAGAGUAAACACCUUGUCAGUAAAUUCUUGCAUCAUAGUCUUGCUGCUACAAACCCUCCACCACCUCCACCACUAUUGCAACCAGCCUCCCACUUUUCCGUUUCUGCUUCAGAACCACCUCUGCCUGAGCCUAAAGCCACAGAAGAGCUUCCUGGCUCAGGAUCAAAGGAUCACAAAUUUCUAAGAAAUGUUGUAUGGAAUUUCGAAGACUUGCAAAUGCUACUUGGAACUGACAUGCCAAUAUUUGGUGGACCUGCUCACCCUUGUAUUAGUUUACGCUUAUGUGAUAUGGCGAAACCCAUCAGUGUACUAACAGGAAUUGACUAUUGGUUGGACAACUUAAUGAGCAAUGUCCCAGAAGUAGUUAUGUGUUUUCAUCUAGAUGGGAUUGUUAAACGAUAUGAAUUAGUUAAAACCGAAGAUCUGCCAUAUUUUAAUGAGUCAAAGUUUUCACCUAAAGUUAUACGAGAUGUUGCUCAAAAUAUUUUAUCUUUUUUAAAGACCAAUGCUGCCAAAGCAGGGCACACCUACUGGUUGUUCAAAGGAAAAGAUGAUGAUUUUGUGAAAUUGUAUGAUCUGACAUCUUUAUGCUCGGAAAAUGUUGAUGAGAAGGGUCAGAAUCCGUUCACUGUACCCGUUGCUAUGCUUCUAUAUAGAGUUGCCCGUAAUAUGAAGCACUCAGUUGAAGGACAGUACAAGAGAAGUACAAUAGCUGUUCUAUUAGACAACUGUGUUCGUUUACUUGAUGCUCAAAAGUAUCCUCAGAUUGUCACAUCAGCUCAUUAUAUGUUAUCAGACCUGUUUAUACCAGCUACUAUAGAUCCAGCCAAACCACUAUUUGAUGAUGAGUUAGAUGAUGAAGAAAAACAAGAGGGUAAUGAAAAUUUAAAUAAUACUUCUACCAAAUCUUUAUAUAAAAAGAAAGAUGCGACUGAAACGAAGAGCACUCGGAAAAAGACUCGGCAUAGCUCCCUCAUUCAUUCAUCUGACUCUGAAACUGAAGAUAUAAAUGAUGAAAAGGAGUAUGAGAAAGGAAAAGUUUUUAAAGACUAUCCCAGAAAUUCUCUAACAACAGUAAUGUCUUUAAACCUUUUGAACAGUGAUAUCGACCCCAAAAAUGAAAUUGAUGAUGAUGAAGCUGCCAAAUUUCCCAAGCCACCCCCGCUUGCCUCAAGUGUGCCUGAGCGUUGCAUGCUAGCACUGAAGCACAUAGCCAUUGGACUUCAGUGUCUUCUGUAUUUUGGGCAGUCAGAAGAUGAAGAAUCAGGUAAUGAACCACAAAGACACGAGGAAGAGGAGGCCCCUCAAAUGGCUAAACCUUUUGAACCAAUUCCAAUGCCCUAUGUCCCAUUGAAAAAAAGUGACAAGAAGGAAGACUCUGAAAAACAGUCCAAGGGGAAAAAAAGUAAGAGUAAACAUGCCAACAAGGGCACCAGUGAUGAGAAAAAUUCCAAAAAUGGUGCAGAUGGUAUUAAGAAAUUACUGUGUCCAAUGCCAGCAGGCUGCAUGCCAACUUGGCAGACUCCUGAUGCCAAUGAUAAUGUGUCAUGGAAUGCUCAUCUUAAAACUCUAUUGUAUGAGAAAGCUUGUUUAGUGUAUGCCACUCUUGCAGAACAUGCAUACGCUUCAGAGAGGUAUGGACGGGCUGUGCAAAUGGUGGGACGAGUCCUGCGAUGUCGCGAGGCCUUGGAUCGUCUUCUUAGGCCCUCAAACCCAAAUCGCGCCCAGCGAGGAGGUCUGGAGAGUUACCUGCUAGGUCGUGCUGGUGACUGUUGUUUCAUGAUGGUCCAGGAUUGGCCCCAAAUCGAGCUCCAUCGUCGGGAUCUCGUGUCCAAUACGGGAGUUGAUGCCGAAAUAGAGCACGAAAUGUUCCGUGAUUGUCCGGAACUCGACAGUGCUGAGCUGAGUUUGUUGCCUGAAAAACUUGAGACGAUGGAGCAGAUGCUCAAGACCGGACUAGCUUGCUAUGAGCGAGGUCUUGCUCUUAGUCCAGAACUCCUUAACUUUCAUCGCAGGAUUGGUAAUGUGCACAACGAGUUAGGAUGCCUGUACAUGAGUCAAGCUCAAGUUAGAUAUGAUGACGCGGUCAAAAGGAUGAACCUUACCUAUGACAGAAUGGAUCCAAUCCUUAAGACAAGUUUUCGUGCCAAAUUUGACUUGUCCUUGUCUCAUUUAGAAGCUGGACUACGAUCUUUUGAGACUGUCAAUGACAAGGCCAAUCUUGCUCUCCUAUACUCCAACACUGGAAGAUUGCUAAGAUUGUGUGCCCACUUCUAUGCACCUGCAGGGGCUGACCCAAAAGAGCACUUUUUCCAUGAGCGCUCAUUUUAUAACAGAUCACUCACAAAUUAUCAACAAGCACUUGCAAACCUAGGUCAAAGAAAAGGUCAUGAGGAUAUAUGGGAUGCUGUGUUGUGGGAGCUGUCAACAGCUUUGUAUAAUAUGGCUAUUCUUGCGGUUGAGUCACCAGCUCCACAUGUCAAAACAGCAGAUGAUGCUGUGAGAAUGGCCAUAGAUUAUGUUCAUCGUGCCCUAAAAUACUGUGAUUUGGAAACUCCAGGAAUGAGACUUCCUGUGUAUCAGUUUAGGGCUGCUGUUCUUCACCAUCGUUUGGCUUCAUUGCAUCACAACUCAUACAGAGCUUCGUUUGAGAAGGAUGAACGGCAUGCUCGAGCUGCUUUGCAAUCCAGUCGACUGCACUAUGACAAAGCAUGUGAUAUCUAUAUUAUGAUAGAGCAUUAUCAUGAAUAUCUCAGUGUAUUGCUGGAGAAAAUGGCUCUUACAGAAUUUAUUGCCAUAAAUAAUUCUACACCAAGCGCCAAAUUGCGGUAUACUAAGGAAGUUUUAGAAAUGAUCUUCGCUUCUGUUCCAAAGCUCUCGGGUUUUACAGAUAGAACAGAUCCUCAAAAGGCAGCAGGAGAUGCACCUACUCUAUCAAAAGAAAAGUCAGAAGUUGAUGAAGAUGAAAGAGAUCUAGGACUCUUAAAACUAUUUGAGCAACGUAUGCAAAGAAAUCUUCUAUUGGCCACAAAGCUGUCAUCACAAUGUACAAAAAAAGAAUCAACGGCCCAGGAAUCAACAUACAAAUCUAUGUAUGCUUUAUCCUUACGAGUGGCACCUGUACCAGAGGACAAGAGAGAAGCUGUGAUUGCACUUGCUAAACAUUUGAUGGAGACUUGUUCUAAAAUUGAAAGUAUAUUUAAAUCCAAGCUUAAGUAAAUGAUAUUUAACUUUUCUUUUUAACAACCAAAGGCAUAUGAUAUGUGAUUUAUAUUAGGUUUACUGAGAUGUGAAGUAAAACAAGUGGGUUGUGGCUGACGGUCAGCAUCAAACAUGUAUAUUUUUGACUUAUCCCUGGUAUUUGAUAUUUGAUUGCCACCAGAUGUAUGUAGUCUAAGUCAGCUUAUCUUACUUAUUUUUGUGUGCUACUUCAUAUCUUUUAAUAAGACUUAUCUAUUUUUGUUGAUAUAAAUGUAGCUUUCCUAUUGUACUUUCAAAACAGUGCUGUGAAUUUUUUUUUACAUAUUGGUUCUUUCUUAGGAAAGUUGUGUGAUAUUAUAUUUUUGUUAGUUUUUUUUUUGUAGUGUACUUUUGUUUAAUGACAAUGACAAUCUUAUACCUAUAAGUACAGGUAUAAAUAUACCAAUAGGAUUGCCAUUAUCCUAGGUAAUCUCACACUAUCCUUUUCUUCUCUGACAGAAAUGCGUGUUUUUUUUUUUUAAUACUAAAAUAUAUUGCAAUUUGUAAUUACAAUGUCCAUGCCUGUUUUUUUUGUAUUUCAAGGCUACAUAACUUUAUGAAAUGAGCCGUCCUCUGUGAAUGAUGUUAGGCACCAUGUAAUUUGUUUUUUUGCAUUCUUGAGUCUGAAUGGGUAUAUAUCUAAAAGAAUCAAUCUGAAUUCAGAUGUAACAAGUACAGUCCUCACUCUUAAUUUAAUAGAUUGACUUCAAGUUGACUGCUGUCUGUACUUAUGCGCAUGUGCGCAUGUUAAAACAUUUUUAACCCUACUGUAGUAUAGUCCUUAACUACAUUUUUCUUUUCCUCUGUCUCCAUAUAUACCUAAUCACAAAUUACAUGCCAUUACUUGCUCAAAUUGUACAUAAUACUAUAAUUUGAGUAUUUUUAUGCUAGCGGCCCACCGUUGAGUUUACAAUCCUUGUAUGACCAAAAAUGUAGCAGCAGAAUUAAAAGCUUCUUAUAAGUGUGAA